AUGGUGUGGAUGGCACCAACUCCGACGGGCCCGCCGAUCCCGUGGGUGGACCCGGCGACGCUGCCCAAAGUAGGCGAGCGGCUCCUCGGCAUCGGUAUCUACCGCCGCCUGUACGGCCACAGCUACCUACCGUUUGACUACAUUGUGCCCGACACCGACCCAUGGCCUACGACGCUGCGCGGCAAGCCGCUUGGCGCCGCCAUCAGGAUCCUUCGCGCCGCCAGUCGUGAGCUCAAACCGUUCGUAGAAGCGCGCCUCGAGGAACUCGGCUUAGUGUGGUGUAACCCAGACGACCGCCCGAGCGCCCGGUGCUUCAUCGCCCGCUCGCGCAACAGGAUCAUGGUCACUUGGUCGGCCGUCUUAUCCGCUCUCGCCCGAUACCGCGACCUGUACGGCCACGUGUGUGUGCCUGCUAACUGGCCCGUGCCCGAGCACGAUCGAUCGUGGCCAAAGGAGGCGUGGGGCAUCGACUUGGCGCAGGCAGCCCACACGCUCGACGUGCAUGCGUACACGCUGCCGACGCCGCAGCUCCGCAUGGCCCUGUCCCUUGGCGCCGUACACGACGUCCCGCUCUGGGCCGACAUCCUCACCAUGCUCACAAUGUACUACGAGCAACACGGUGCGGCCGAUGUGCCGAUCGACUAUGUCAUUCGCGCGAGUCGGAAGCGCAAGGCCGACGCCGCAGCGCCGUCGUAUUCGCCCAAGUACGACGGUAUCCCGCUUGGCGAAGUCGCCAUGCGCGUCUGGCUUGUCUCUAUCCAGCUGCCAUCGCACCGAGGGGACGAGCUCCAGCGCGUUCGAUACGCUUUCAACACGCCAAGAUCAUGGGCAAACGUGGUGGCUGCUAAGACGAUGUUUGCGAGUAUCCACGGACACGACCGCGUACCCCACGCCUACGCUGUGCCCAAGGACGACGCGACGUGGCCAUCAGCAAUGCGCGGUAUGCGGCUCGGACACUAUCUCGGCCUGCAAGCGACGGCGCUUGGUGACGUCCAACGUGUCACCACCAAGGUCGUCGACCCAUUUGCGAGUGCCAGGCAUCUAGAAACCGAGUUUGACCAGCACGUACUCGGCCUCAGGAUCUACAAGCGAUUGUACACCAAGGAUGCACUCGUCGACAUUGGCUUUGCUGUGCCCCAUAAACUACAGUGGUGGCCGCCCAAGCUCUGGGGUCUCCGCCUCGGCGACAUUGUCGCUACCCUUCGAAAAGACGGUGCAUCACUCUCGGCAUUGCAACGUGCGAUGCUGAACGACAUUAGUUUCGUCUGGGACACUGACGUCGCCGCGUCAUGGCCGGAUAUCGUACAAACACUCCAGCAGUGGCAGGCGACGCACCGCGCGAUUGGCUGGCAUGACGCGUUUGUGCUGACGUCCGAGUGGCCGUCGUCGGUCGUCGGACAGACGUUCGGGUACCUCUUGACGUUGUUGGAGGUCCAUGAAGACUUUGCAACCAAGGCGCGGCGCGACACCCUGCGGCGUUUCUCGCUCGAUAUCGAGCGUCGGUGGUCGGCCAAGGUUCGACAACUCACAGCCUACUACACCCGCCACGGCCACUUGCGCGUACCGCUGGAUCAUGUAGUGGCGACCGAGGUUGAGGACCCUUUCUGGCCGGCGGCGGGUGGCGGCCUGCCACUCGGCGCCAUUGUGUCGUGGCUCCGACAAGUCCCGCGAGCGGCCAUGCCGUAUGACAAGCGCCGGCAGCUUGAGAUGCUCAAGUUUGAGUGGGAUUUUCUUAGCAGCAACGAUUUUACUACACCGGCGCCAUCCGCUCCAGUGCACGACAUCCGACCCGCCACAAUCGUGAUGACCUCGGGCGAGAAGGACAUGUCACCACACGUGAUCACGAUCGACGACACGGAUGACGACUCGGAUGCCACCGAAGCUGUCAACUGGGCCAUGUGGGCGGUGGCGCUCACGCAGUUCAAGGCCCACGAAGGGCACGUCAACAUUCCGAGUGAUUACGUGGUGGGCGCACACGAUAAGCGAUGGCCCAUCGCGCUGCGGUCGUUUCCCGUGGGUCCGAUUCUCGCCAGCGUCCGGUCCAACGUCGUCGAACCACCGACGUGGGUCCAGAGCCAAGUCCAGUUAGUCGGCGUCGACUGGACCAGUGGCAAAAAAGCGAAAAAGUUUACAGACUAGGCGACCACACGACAAUUGUUUGUUGAAAUUCAAUAGCAUCAUUUGAGAAUAUAAAGAUGUUUCCUUGUAAUCUGGUUGUGUGGUCGAUGGGAA